UUCAGAUGGGAUUAUAGAAAUAUUGUAUACCUUGAGCCUACGUUAAACAACUAAUAAAAUAUGAUGCAAUCAGUCAUAUUAAUUUUAAUCCUUGUAGGCAGUGUAAGGUCGGGCAAAAGGAAUGAAAAUGUCUUCCUAAAACUGCCAGUGGGCGAAUAUCGAACGAAUUUCAAAUCAUUAUAUAAUUGCAAUGCAGUAUCCGAUAAAAUACAAUUCAACUAUUAUUUAAAUAAGAAGUCAGAUAACUCAACGGAAAUUAAAGGAAAUAUGACACUUGUAAAACCAAUAGACGAUUCUCUUUUUAUAGAUGUGAAUAUUGCGGUUAAAGAAGCAAAUGGAGCUUGGAAAGAAAAUUCAUUUUUAUUCCGGUCAGCAAAAGCGUGCUCAACAUUUAAAAAAUUCGUGGGUCAAUUGGAUUUAAGUGGCCUUGGGUAUAAUUGUACAUGUCCCAUAACUGAGGGUGUUUACAUAGCGACUGGAUUCGAUGCAUCAAACUUUGAAAAAUUCAAUUAUAUUCCUAAGACGUUUGCUUAUGGAACAUAUAAAAUUCGUGCUGGUUUGAAGGACAUAAAAAACCAAAGUUACGGUUGCAUAAUUUGUAUAGUACAGUUAAUACGAAAAUGAGAAAUGUUUAAAUUGUCUUAAUAUAUAAAUUACCUAGUAUAACUGUUACAACUGAAUAUUAUACCAAAAUAACUAAAAAAAAAUG